AUGGUGUCACUAUUGUCUUUCUUCUUCGUCUUCUUCGUCUUCUUCACCUUCACGAACCCCUGCAACUCCCAACAACCCACCACCACCAAAGAUUACCUCCAGCUCCCACUUCUCCACAAGAAGCCCUUCUCUUCGCCCUCACAAGCCCUCUCCCACGACACCCACCGCCUCUCCCUCCUCCACGCUCGCCGCCACGACAUCAAAUCCCCCGUCGUUUCCGGCGCAUCCACCGGCUCCGGCCAGUACUUCGUCGAUCUCCGCCUCGGCACCCCACCCCAGAGCCUCCUUCUCGUUGCAGAUACGGGCAGUGAUCUGAUAUGGCUCACCUGCUCCGCCUGCACCAACUGCUCUAAUCGCGACCCCGGUUCGGCUUUCCUCGCCCGCCACUCCUCCACAUUCUCCCCCUACCACUGCUACGACUCCGCCUGCACACUCGUCCCCCAACCCGACCCGAGUCCCUGCAAUCGCACCCGCCUCCACAGCCCUUGUCGUUACGAGUACACCUACUCCGACGGAUCCCUAACGGCCGGGUUCUUCUCCAGAGAAACGACGACGUUGAAAACCAGCUCCGGAAGAGAAACCCAGCUUCCAAACUUAUCGUUCGGGUGCGGGUUUCGGGUCUCGGGUCCGAGUGUCACCGGUCCGAGCUUCAAUGGGGCACACGGAGUUAUGGGCCUGGGACGUGGGCCCAUCUCGUUCGCGUCUCAACUGGGCCGCCGGUUCGGGAACAAGUUCUCGUACUGUCUCAUGGACUACACCCUAUCCCCGCCUCCGACGAGCUACCUGAGAAUCGGCGGAGGCUUCCCGCACGACGUCGUUUCGAAAAUUCGCUUCACCCCCUUGCUAGUGAACCCUCUCUCCCCCACAUUUUACUACAUUGGGAUCAAAAGUGCAUCCGUCAACGGCGUUAAAUUACCUAUUCACCCUUCCGUCUGGUCCCUCGACCAGUCCGGUGAUGGCGGCACAGUCAUCGACUCAGGAACCACGCUAACCAUUUUGCCCAAGCCGGCUUACCGCCUCAUCCUGGCGGCGUUUAAGCGGAGCUUGAGACACCUUGCGAAGCCAGCCGAGCCGACUCGGGGCUUCGAUCUUUGCAUCAACGUGUCGGGCGUGGCGAGGCCGAGUCUACCCAGGCUGAGUUUCAGACUCGUCGGGAACGCGUUGUUCGCUCCGCCGCCGAGUAGCUACUUCAUAGACACGGCGGAGCAGGUCAAGUGCUUGGCGAUCCAGCCGGUGGAUUCCGGGUCGGGUUUUGGGGUGAUAGGGAAUCUGAUGCAACAAGGAUUCCUGUUCGAGUUUGACAGGGACAAGUCGCGGCUCGGUUUUUCACGUCAUGGCUGUGCGCGACCGUGA